CAUCCAGAGGAGGGACCGGAGGGAGGAGCAGCGUGGUGCCGUGACGUAGGAAAGGAAUGAGGGAGUGAAUGUUCCGGGUCACAAACUGGACGGGAGAGGAAAUUAACUCCGGGACGAGACGAGGGAAAGGGAAAAUAUAAAUAUAAAGAGAGGGGGGGAAGAAAAGAAAAAAAAACGUCGCAGAAUGCCACCCUGCGAAAGACUGAGAUGUAACCCGUGUUAUUUACGACCUAAAUAGGUGUUCUGAAAGCGACGAGAGCCGAGGAGGAAACCCACAGGUGCCAACUCCAAAAGUGGGACAAGCGACGGCGGAGAGUUUGUUCUCYUGACGAACAUUCAGCUCGGUGGCGGCUCCACGGGCGGAGUUUCCAUGCAUUUUUUUUUUCUUCUGAGUUUUGUUUCGCUUGUGUUUUGGCGGUGAACUGAGUCCAGGACCGUCCUGUGCGGCGAUCUGUUGCAUCCCCCUACCCCCCCCUUCCCGUUUUGUUUAUCGCAGAUUUAUUCUCCACCCCCCCGCUUCCUCUCCUCUCCAGCCGUGAUGUUUCACUGCAUACCCCUGUGGCGGUGCAACCGUCACGUCGAGACGGUCGAUAAACGCCACUGCUCCCUGCUYUAUGUUCCCGACGAGAUUUAUCGCUACUCGCGGAGUUUGGAGGAGCUGCUGCUGGAUGCCAACCAACUCCGAGACCUGCCCAAGCCAUUUUUUCAACUGGUGAAACUCAGAAAGCUUGGCCUAAGCGACAAUGAGAUCCAAAGACUUCCACCGGAAAUUGCCAACUUCAUGCAGCUGGUAGAGCUGGAUGUGUCUCGRAAUGAUAUUAUGGAAAUUCCAGAAACCAUUUCAGGCUGUAAAUCCCUCCAAGUGGUGGAUUUCAGUGGUAAUCCAAUAACGAGGUUACCYCAAAGCUUUCCAGAGCUUCGGAAUCUAACAUGCCUGACCAUCAACGAUAUUUCUUUGCAGGUUCUUCCAGAAAACUUUGGAAACCUUUCCAAUUUGGUGUCACUAGAACUCAGAGAAAAUCUGUUGACAUUCCUACCAGAGUCGCUAUCUCAGCUUCACAGACUCGAAGAACUUGACCUUGGUAAUAAUGAACUAUACAAUCUGCCUGAAUCAAUAGGUUGUCUGAUCAGCUUAAAGGAUUUGUGGCUGGAUGGAAACCACUUAAAAGAAAUACCUGCAGAGAUGGGCAAUAUUAGAAGCCUGUUGUGUCUGGAUGUAUCAGAAAAUGUCCUGGAGUAUCUUCCAGAGGAGCUGGGUGGCCUGGUGUCACUCACAGACCUGCUAGUCUCUCAGAAUGUCAUUGAAGUUCUUCCAGAAAGCAUAGGAAAACUACAAAAACUUUCUAUUCUAAAAGCUGACCAGAAUAGAAUAACAUAUCUCCCAGAAAGCAUUGGCAACUGUGAAAGUCUUACAGAACUUGUGCUCACAGAAAACCAACUACAGACCUUGCCUAGAAGUAUUGGGAAGUUAAAGCGACUGUCGAACCUAAACUGUGACAGAAACCAGCUAACAGUUUUACCUAAAGAGAUCGGAGGCUGCAGUGGUCUAAAUGUCUUCUGCGUCCGAGAAAACCGACUGAUGAAGAUACCGUCAGAGCUGUCCCAAGCUACAGAGCUUCAUGUCUUUGACGUUUCUGGAAACCGCCUCUCCUACUUGCCCUUCUCGCUGACCACCCUGCGGCUGAAGGCCCUAUGGUUGUCAGAAAACCAGGCGCAGCCGCUCCUCWCCUUCCAGACGGAUCAGGAUCCUGAAACGGGUGAGAAGGUGCUCACCUGCGUUCUGCUGCCUCAACAGCCCUGCGAAUCGGACUUGAAAGGCUCUGACAAUCUCGCCCGCUUUGGAGCCCUGGAGAGUUUGGUGAACGGCAUGGCAGAUGACACAUGGGACAACAAAGCCAUGAACAGAACCAGUGCCAUCCACUUCCUAGACGAUGAUGAGGAUGAGGACGAUGAUGCAAAGGGAACAUUCCUCCGACGGGCCACCCCUCACCCAGGCGAGCUGAAAACCAUGAAGAAAGCAGUAGAGAACCUUCGCAAUGACCUGAUUGCAGCCAAAGCUCUGGACUCCAAUAAAAACGAGGUCAAUAAUGCUGCAGAGAGAGUGACGACGUCUGUGUGACCUUUACCUCAGAAAUCUAUUUUUUUUUGCCUACUGUGUCUCACCGAAUUUUCCUGCACAACCCUGCAACCCUUUGUUUUGUUUUUGUUUUUUUAAAUAUUUUUUACCCAUCGUGUGAUGAAACCGUGGAACGCCUCUAACCUUACUCUGUCUCCAGUCCUGUGGAAAACUCAGUCUAUCAGGGCCACAGUGCCUUCCUCUUUCAAGUCUACAGCAAUAAUAUGCACAAAACGCUCAUUUAAAUAUUUGAUAUGUUACUUUUUUAAAGCAGUUCUUAAAAAAUAUUUAGGUAGUUGCACUAUAAACCAUUUUAAAUGUAUUAUAUUUUACCUUAUCUUUUAAAAGAAAAAGAAAAACACUGGGUGAAUACUUCUUUUUAGAAUUUGGGCAAAGAAAAGCAGGAGUUUUUGGACCUACUGAUCUUCAGAUUAUUGUAAAUCUUUUGUGAAUAUUGAUACUUUUAUACUUUUUGGCAGCUCAGAUGUAAAUAAAAUGUAUACAAGUUUCUUUUUAAUCUCUUGCAGAAUUUUGAACCGUUUUCUUUCUUCCUUCACUUUCAGUUUUUAAUCAAAACUGAACAAAACGGUCACUAAUGUCUUAUUUAAUCUGUUAGUGGGGGAGCUCAUUUGUCAAACAGUCAUAUUUUUGGAUGUAGAUUUAACGAGAGGAAUAAAAAUCUGGAUUUAAGUCUUGCACAUUAGGCUCAAAUSACCUAACUGUAAUGUUAUACAGAAGUAAGAAACCUGUCUUAUUUAUAUGUGCCACGCUUCCUUGCUUUACGUUAUUUUACGAAUAGAUGCCAAACCAGCUGUAAUUAUAUUUUCAAAGCUUUCUUCUUUUUUUAACAGAGUAUUAUGUAAUCAUCUGAGCUUUGGGGAGAUUGAGGUUUGUUUAAAAGUACAGUUGUUCCUUUCAGAUGCACUUCUUAUCACUGCUCAAAUUUUAUUCUUUUACAUGGUACUUGAGAAACUGUAUUUUGUUUUUAAAGUGACUGCAACAAGCGAACCAGAGAAUUGGGUUCAAAUGUUGUUGUUGUAUUUUUAUUUUUAUUUUUUGUCUCUUAAUUAUUUUCUGAUUACAAAAAAAGCUGCACAAGAACAGGUCUCAAACUGAUUCUGGGCUUUGAGAUUUGACGACCUUUUAACCACUGAUCAAUAAAGAUGGGUGCAACACCAAA